AUGAGUACCCAACCACAGCUGAAGAUAUCUCAUGUGCAAGGGACUUAUGCCGUGGUUCGUCUCGGUCCUGACACCAAGCCACCGGACUGGUUCUGGGGAAGCCGGUUCUACAACUUGACCAAGACCGAUGAGGAACUCUCCCUUGUUUGCGAGCAAUCCAAUGUCCCCAAUGAUAUCUGUGAGGAUGAGAAACAAUGCGAAAGCAACUGGGGUCUGUUCAAAGUGGAAGGGCCCCUGGAUUUUGGUCUCACGGGUAUUCUGAACAAACUGACUGCGCCGUUGGCCAAGGCUGGCAUUUCGAUCUUUGCCAUUUCUACCUAUGACACGGACUACAUUUUGGUCAAGAAACACCUCGUCUCUAACGCUGGAUAUGCUUGGAAACUGGAAGGACACGUCGUACAGGGUUUACCAGAGACGAGACCUCCUCAAGACGGGGCAGCGGUUGCGUUUGAAAGGGACCAAUUUAUCCAGAGAAUGAUCGAUUUGCAAAAUGGCAAAGAAGGAGUAGAAGAAACAUUUGGGUUGGUUGUCUGUGCAGGAUGGGUCCCUUCCGAGAGUUUGCAAUCAGCCUAUCGCAACAACUUGCUUCCAGCCAUUCAAAAAUGUUUUGACGAGUCGGAUUGGAACAACAACAACAAUCAACAGAUCCCCAACGUGUAUUUGUAUCCCUCACAGCAUCUCCAUGUCACAGUGGCUACCUGUCAUGCCUUCACGCGACCGUUGACGGACAAGGCCACACAAGACAUUUUGACGAGGGAAUGGACAAAUCUUGUCAAGGCUGCAUCGCAGCGUGAUGAAUGGCCCAAUGUGCCCUUGCAAUUGUCUCUAGUUUCAGCGCAGAUUGGGAAACGAGCCGGGAUUCUCUUGUGGAAAGAUGUCACUGGAGGUAUGGACCAAAUGCGCAUCUGCAUCAACGCCGAAACCAAAGCCCGCCAUAAGCAACUGAUUCGAGCGGGUAUUGAACCAGAUACGCUUUCCAUUCCAGGGAUUAUUCAUUCCACAGUGCUUCGUUUUCAUCAAGUUCCCACAACACCAGGCGAGCAAGUGCAAGCAAAGUUUCAAACACAUGUCAAGGAAAGGAUCUCAUCCUUCUUUGACGAGCCCGUAACAAUCGACAAGGCCAAGCUUGUCUGCGAGCGAAAACCUUACAUGCACAUUGAUCAUGAUGAACGGCAUGUCCUGGAGACGUUUUCAUUGGGAAGUUCCUAA